AUGUCAUUAACUGAACAAAUUGCCAAUAAUACCAAUAAUAUCAACUCUAUUUCUACUUUGGAUGGUGAUGUUGGAGUUACUUUGAUGUUUCCAGAAAAAAUUACGGGUGAUACUAAUUCAAUUUUAGUAACCGAUAACAGUAAUAUGGAUGGAAAGGUUGAUUUAAUUACAACAACAUCAAAUGAGCCAAGUGAUACAAAUUCAACUGGCCAUUCAACUGGCCACUCAACUGGCCACUCAACUGGUCAUUCUACUCCUGAUUUGUAUGAUACAAACUUUCCUAGUCUUUCAUCAACUGCUUCAACUACCACUUCUUCCUCUCCUUUUCCUACAGCUAUUAAUUAUAGUAGCAUUGUUAAUAGUAACACUAACGGUGUUAGUAACGGGGUUAGUAACGGGGUUCAAGUCUAUUCUUCCACAAAAAAAAAAACAAUCCUUGCUAUUACCGCCACCAAUGACACCACCUCUAGUUCUAAUGCCAUUGUUAUAGAAAAGCUGGAAUUGGCAGAAUCGCAACAUAAUAACCCUCAACAACAAAAAAGAUCAUCAUCAUCAUCUGACGAUAAAAAUAAUCAAGCGGCAGAAAUUAUUAGACGGGUGAUGGAGAAAACAAAUACAAAAAUAAAAGUUGAUCCUGCUUCAAAAAGUUCUAUCGUGACUUUUUUAAUUGAGGGAAAAGAUAAAGAUGUUGCUAAUGCAAAACACAUUUUAACUGAUAAACUUGGUCUUAAAGAUAAAAUUACUAUUCAAGUGCCUGCAUCAGCCCGUUCUCAUUUAUUAGGACCUUAUGGUACAACCAUAAAAUCAAUUACCAAUUCAACUGGUGCGCGCAUCACGUUACCGCCACGUCCUAACAACCCAAAAAAGGAAAUGGAAAAGUCUGAAUUGGAUUUCGAUGAGGAUGAGGAAAUGAUGGAUGUGACAAUUUUUGGUGAGAUGUGUGCUGUUUGUAAAGCAAAAGUUGAAAUUCAAGACAUUGUAAAAUCUAUGGGUGCAACUAAAAGAACACAUUAUAUUAGACACAUUGAAAAUAAAUUUUACCCAUUGAUUGCUGGUGCACAUAAUAAACGUAUUAAUCAAAUUAGUAUUGAUACUAAUACAAAAAUUCAUGUACCUUUUUACAACUCUACCAACCCAAACAACACAUUAACCGAUACAAAAAAAAAUUGUAUUGCUAUUACUGGUGAAAAAAAUUCAAUUAAGAUUGCAAGUGAUGUGAUUGAGGAUCUUUAUGAAGAUUUGGGUGCUAAUCUUCAAGAAAUACUUGAAACAACAGGUUGUACACUAGAAUUACCACCAGCGACUGAUCAAUCAGUGAAAGUGAUAAUUUAUGGACCACAAAGUCAAUUAGCAGGUGCCUUACAAACUGUAAUCAAAAAAGCAAACUCUAUACAUGUUCAACUACUUGAUAUUACUGACCUUCAUCAGACAGAAAAUCUGAUGAAACAUUCUAUUAAUGUUUUGAAAUAUUUAUGGAAUAGAGGCAAAUUGAAGAAAAUUGAGUCAGAAACUGGUGUACAAAUUGUCACUCCAAAGAUCGCAUCAUCAUCAGAAAUGGAAAUGAAAAAUUUGGUUAUGGAGUUUGUGGGUAAAGUACCUGAAGAUGUGGGAAAUGCUAGAAAAGAAGUCACCGAAAUAAUCAAAAAUUUGGUGAGGCAAAAUUUACAACGAGUCAAAGAUGCUUACGGUGUUGAAAUAAUAGUUCCUGAUGAGAAAGAAGCCAAUCCCGAGAUAUUGAUAAUUUUUGAGGGUAGAGAAGACGACAAGGAAUUUUCCGAUAGAAAGAAAAAAGAACUUCAUAUUAUGGAAAUAAUGGAAAAAGUGAAAAAUGAAUUGUUAAAAGUGGAACGUGAUUCGUCAUCAGAUUUUUCUGUUAGAACAUUAACUGUUCCUGUAAAGCAUCAUCGGCAUAUUAUUGGACCUAAAGGAAGUACUUUGAAUACAAUUAUUUAUAAUGACGGUAGUAAUGGUGGUGGUGCAUAUUCGCCUGUUUCAGUAAAAUUUGGAUCGUCUAAAUCAUCAGGUGUAAGUGAUCGAUCAUCAUCAUCAAACACACAACAAAUUUCAGAUAAUUCUAUUAUGGUUAAAGGACCUGCUAAAGAAGUUGAAAGAAUUGUCGAAGAAAUUAAUGAAAAAGUAGAAGAUGCUAAACGUAUUGAGAAUAUGAAAUCAUUUACAGCAGAAUUUACAAUUCCAGCAAUCUACUCCUCGCAUAUUAUUGGUAAGGGGGGGAGCAAAAUAAAAUUCAUCAGAGACAAUUACAAUGUUAGGAUAGAUAUAGAUGAUAAGCAUGUUGACAAAAGCAACAACGGUAGGGAAGAAGACGAAAUUGUCAACGUCAAAAUAGUCGGGAUGAAAGUUUACGUUGAAGAGGCUAGGAAUCGAAUUCUAGACAUAAUUGACAAAUUACAUGGAGAAAGUGUUGUUCGUGUGAAUAUUCCACCGCAGUAUCAUGCAUCAUUGAUUGGUGCAAAAGGUAAAGGCGUUAGAAAUCUAGAAGUGAAACAUGGUGUACGUAUUAAAUUUCCAAAGAAUAAUAAUUCCAAAGAUCAUUCUACCACCACUACUAGUAUUAGUAGUGAAAUUGAUGAAAGUAGUUGUACCGUAGGUGAAGAAGAGUGCGGUGAAUUUAUAAAAGGUGGGAGUAGUGGUAGUAGUAUAGAAAAAGAAUGUAAAAGGGAAAGAGAAGAUGAAGAUUUCGAUCCAGAUGUACAAAAACCUUACGAAGUAUUAAUAACUGGUGGUAAAAGAGGAACCAGUGAGGCUAGAUCGGAAUUAUUGGAUCUUUUACAUUAUACAAAAGAUCAUGAUGAUGUUCUCAGUUUCACUAUUCCGGCCAAAUGUCUGCCACAUAUUGCACAGAAUAAGAUUUUGGAGAUUGUUAAAGAAUUUGAAGAACAAGCAACAAUCACUAUGAAUAUUAAUCCUAAGCAUCACAAGUUUUUGAUUGGACCUGGCGGUAAUCGUAUUAAAGAGAUUAUAGCAAAAGCUGGUGGACCAGAGGAUAGGAGUGCCCAGGCUGGGAUUGUCAAGUUUCCUCGACUUGACGAUAAUGGUUGUAAUAAUGAUGAGGUUGUUAUUAAAGGAAAUAAAGAACUCACGGAAAAAAUUAAAGAAGAAUUUGAAAUUUUAAUCAAAGAACAAGAUAAUUUAAUAGUUGAUACUAUUAAGGUUCCCAGGGAUCAACAUUCAGUUAUUAUAGGCAGGAAUGGAUCCCAACUCCGUAAUAUUCAAAAUAAAUUUAAUGUCGAGCUUUAUUUUCCUGGUUCACAUUUAUAUAAUCAAAUAAUAGUGACACAGAAAAAAGAAAAAGAAAAGCAUCAGGAUAAAUUGUUGUUGAUAGAUAGUAAUGAUUUAGUAAAAAUAAUUGGAAAAGUUGAAAACAUUAAAUUUGCCAAAGAAGUAAUAUUAUCAAAACUUCGAUAUGAAGAUGUGUUUAAAUUUCCAUGUAAAUUCUAUAGUAUAAUCAAUAAUAAUGGAUUGACAUCAAGGAAAUUAAGAAACGAGUACCAUGUAAUAAUUGAACAUCAAGCAGAUGAGAGGAAACAGAUUUCAACAAUCAUCAAUAGAAAACCAAUUUUCAAAAAAUCUACUAAAUGUAUCAUUGGAGGGGCUGAAGAAAAUGAUGAUUAUGAAUUCAAUGUGAAUAAAUUUGGUUUUAAAAUUAUUGACAAUGAUGGCGGUGAGGAUAUGAUGGUGGAGGAUAUGAUGGUGGAAGAUAUGAUGGUGGAAGAGGUGAUGGCGGAGGAUAUGAUGGUGGAAGAGGUGAUGGUGGAAGAGGUGAUGGUGGAAGAGGUGAUGGUGGAAGAGGUGAUGGUGGAGGAGAUGGUGGUGGAAGAGAUGGAAUCAGGAAUUGGAAAUAGAAUCGAAAAUGAGAGAGAAUAUUUUUUGAAUGAAAUUUCUUGGACGCUCAAAGGUGUAAAAGGACAAGUUAAUCAAGCUGUAAAAUAUUUAAAUGAAUUAUUAGAACAAGCGAUUAAUACAUGUACCGGAUAUCUAUCAAUUCCUCAAAUAUAUCAUCGACAUAUUAUUGGGCGUGGAGGAUUAACUAUUUCACAUAUUAGAACAGAGAGUCAAUGUAAGAUUGACGUGCCUAAAGUUAACGGUGAUGAUACAAUUACCGGAUAUCUAUCAAUUCCUCAAAUAUAUCAUCGACAUAUUAUUGGGCGUGGAGGAUUAACUAUUUCACAUAUUAGAACAGAGAGUCAAUGUAAGAUUGACGUGCCUAAAGUUAACGGUGAUGAUACAAUUGUAAUCAUUGGUAGCAAAGAAAAUAUUGUAGUGGCUAAAAAUAUGAUAUUUGAAAUAUUGAUUAACUUGAGAAAAGAACAGAAUAGUAGAAGAUAUUAA